AUGAACUCGUCCUCGUCGUUUGGGUUUCUCCCAUACCAGGCCUCCGCCUCCCAGAUGACUUCGCCGGGAGCACAGGCACACCCGCAGCACCAGCACCAGCAUCAUCCGCAUCAACAGCAGCAGCAGCAGCAGCAACAGCAGCAUCACCACCACCCGCACCAGCAGCAGCAAACCCUAUCCCAGCAGCAGCUCUCGCACGAAUUGGCUCAAGAACUCUCUUCUCCGCCGCUGCCCCUUCACCCCUCUUCUCUUCACACUUCCUCCUCAACCGCCGCCUCGCUCUCCGGAUCGUCCACCUCGCCUAUCAGCGCCAGCACCUCAGGAACGCUUCUCUCGGCCACCGUCAACUCCAACUGCAACAACGGUGCCGGAAACAAUAGCAACACCCAUGGUAAUACGGGCAGUAACACUAGCACGGCGGUAGGCAGCCCCACAGGAGGAGUCGGACCAACUGUUGGAAGCAGUCUUGGAGCUAGUCAGCAUGGAGGACACCCAACCAUCAACACUGCCAUGCUUUCGAACUAUGGUGGCAUGCUCUCUUCGCCACCACACUCGUCCCAGGCACAGUCGUCGUCCAACUCAUCCACGCCUGGAUCGGUCUUGCCAACAACCCCGCACCAGACCGCGGACCUUGAUACCAUUCUGGCAACGUACGCGUCUCAGCCAGAGCUCUUAAAGAUGAUCAUUGCGUCCAAGACGGAAGAAGACCGACGAUGGGCAGAAGAGGCGCGCUUUAAGAUGAUGGACCUUAUGCUCCGUGAGAACAGAGGGAUGAAUCUCAUGACGGGCUACGAGGGACUUUUGGCCCAGACCUCCCCCACAGGAACGCCAGGCUCGAGUGUCACCACCGGGAACAUGGGAGGUCACCCUUCCACGUCUACGACCACGGCCACAACCACCUCUUCGUCCAACUCCCAGCCUUCCAGCACAACAGUCAGCCCUACCUCAGCGACCAUGCAGAUUCCAACCACCUCGCUGGGCCUGAGCUCCACAGGCAAGCGCUUCAUGGACGAUGACGAUUUCGAUACACCCUCCUCGGGGUCGUUGUCAGGAGUCGGUCUCCGAGGAGGAAACGGCUCACUUGGUGGACUAGGGGGAGUCGGCCUCGUAAAUGGUGGAAAUGGCGGUGGUGGGUUUGGUGGCCAGGGACCAGAUCAUGGUCUUGCGCGCAAGCGGUCAGUCACGUUUGCGAGGGAUAUCCACCAUGGUCACUUGAGAUCCCAGUCCAUGUCUUCCAUGCCCUCAGGUCCCCACUCAAUCUCCACAGUGACCUCGACGCCCCUUUCCAACCCCACGAACCAGUUUGGGACGCUCUCGAUGCUAGGAUUGACCGGACCCAACACGUCUCUCCAAUCGCACAUGUCAUCGUCGUUCCAACAGCACCCACAGUCGCCUUCCUCGGGGUCAUUGACGAGCUUGCAGCAGCAAUACCAGCAGCCCACACACCAAUCACACCAGCCACCACAUCAGUUCCCUCAGCAUCAGCACCAGCAAAACCAGCACUUGCCGCCCCAAUUCGGUCAAUACCCACAGAUGUUUUCGUACCAUACGACGUUGCCUCAACUCCAGCACCAAAAUGUCAUCCGCAGGACCAACUCGCUCUCACAUCUGUCACAGUUCGCUCAAUCCUCGGUCUCGGGAGGCACAAGUCUACUGGAUCAGCAGCGCCUGGCCGCCGGUCGGCCCAGGAAUGUGAGCGCAUCUUCUUUGCGGACACAAGAUGACAGCGACGACGAGUCGGACGAUGACUGCGACCAUCCAUUGAUGGGCGGAAUGCACAGUCGACCAGGAUCUUCCCUCAGCAUGAACAACAUGAUGGGCGGCAACGGCGAGACUUCCUUGACGCUCGAGUUCUCGGAUCUGGCCUCUGUCUCUGGACCCUCAGGACUUGGCCAAGGAGGGUACUCCCAUCACCAGCACCAACAACACCAGCCACCACAUCAUCAGCCAUACGGAGGGCACAAUUCUGUCGUCUCGAUGACGAUGGCCGCGCUAGGCCCGGGAGCAAUCACAAGCACUGGAUUGAGACCCACUAGCGGCUCCUUGUCAUCAUUGACCGGCGGUAAUGGUGUUGGUGGUGGCGGAGGAGUUGAUGCAAGCAGCGGAGGCAUUGGAGCGGAUCAGAAGCGGAAGCGCAAGCGUCGGGAGAUGCAGCCCGUCAACAAGAUUGUGGACUCUGCAGAACCCCAUAUCGAUCAAUUCCUCUGGAAGAACAACGGCAACACGACCCAAAAGAAGACUGGCUGUAAGAGUAUCUAUUACAAGUGCUCUAACAGCGCCAGUGGUUGCACUGUGAACAAGACGGUGACGGAGAAGGAAGGAGGAGGGUACGUGACAAAGUACCGUGGCGAACAUCUGGACGACUGUAUCAAGCUUAAACGAGCGCAGCAAGCAGCCCAAGCAGCCCAACAGGCGGCCCACCACGCCUACUCUACAUAA